GACUGCGCACUUGACCGCAGUGGGUGAAUAGGGCUACCUGCUUCUGCCUACGCUAUAUAGUGCCUUUGGAAAAUUUUCAGACCCCUUGACUUUUUCCACAUUUUGUUACAACCUUAUUCUAAAAUUGAGGGGGUGGGGGGACAAUUGAAUCAAUCUACAUACGAUACCCCAUAAUGGCAAAGCAAAAACAGGAUUUAUAUGUUUUUCUAUCGCAUUUACAUAAGUAUUCAGAUCCUUUACUCAGUACUUUGUUGAAGCACCUUUGGCAUUGAUUACAGCCUUGAGUUUUCUUGGGUAUGAUGCUACAAGCUUGACAAACCUGUAUUUGGGGAGUUUCUCCCAUUCUUCUCUGCAGAUCCUCUCAAGGUCUUUCAGGUUGAAUGGGGAGCGUUGCUGCCCAGCUAUUUUCAGGUCUCCAGAGAUGGUGAUUGGAUUAAUGUCCUGGCUCCGGAGUGACUUCCGUCUGGCUACUCUACCAUAAAGCCUGAUUGGUGGAGUGCUGCAGAGAUGGUUGUCCUUCUGGAAGGUUCUCCCAUCUCCACAGAGGAACUCUAGAGCUCAAGUGACCAUCGGUUAUUGGUCACCUCCCUGACCAAGGCCUUUCUCUUCCAUUUAAGAAUGUUGGAGGCAACUGUGUUCUUGGUGACCUUCAAUGCUGCAUAAUUAUUUUGGGACCCUUCCCCAGAUCUGUGCCUUGACACAAUCCUGUCUCUGAGCUCUACGGACAAUUCCUUCGACCUCAUGGCUUGGUUUUUGCUCUAACAUGCACUGUCAACCGUGGGACCUUUAUAUAGACAAAUGUGUGCCUUUUCUAAAUCAUGUCCAAUCAAUUGAAUUUACCACAAGUUGACUCCAUUCAAGUUUUAGAAACAUCACGGACAAUCAUUGGAAACAGGAUGCACCUGAGCUCAAUUUCGAGUCUCAUAGCAAAAGGUCUGAAUACUUAUGUAAAUAAGGUAUUUCUGUUUUUAUUUAUUUUUUUAAUUAAUUUGAACACAACGGUUUUUGCUUCUUCCAUUAUCGGGUAUUGUGUGUAGAUUGCUAAGGAUGUUAUUUAUUUAAUCCAUUUUAGAAUAAGGCUGUAAUGUAAGAAAAUGUGGAAAAAGUUUGCCCUUUGCUAUGGGUCUACAUACUUUCCGAAGGCACUGUAUGUGUUUCAUCAGUUUUGGCAUUUCACUGAGUUCUCUUGAUUUGUCAAGGAAAUCCCUCAGCCGCUGUAACCAAAUGUCAGGGGGAUUAAGAUGAGAAGUGGGAAAUCCCUAAACGGUUAGUUGUGUGUUGCUGACGGAGCAGGGAAUAAGGGAAGCCCUGUAAGUUAAUUAAUUCUCCCAGGCUAUAGGAGAUGGGCUUAUCCGUCUUCGCUCCAAUAAGGCAACUUAUCUUCGCAGUGAGGCUGAAACCAAAAGAUGUAAGAUUUAUUAUUCAGACAGUGUCAAGCAUCAGUAGCCUAUUGCAGCAUAUGUUUUCACCUGAUCUUAGGCCUAUACACCUAUACCUGUCCGUUCCUUCGACAGGCACCCUUAUCGGCAGACCACUAGGAGAUACAUUGACAAAAUAAACAGUGCUAACAUUUAACAUAUUCCAACCUGCUACUUAAUCGUUUUUAUAAAAAAACAAUUGACCUUACCGCUUGGGGGCAUCGGUGCUCAGCCGAGAGUUGGCAAGCUUUCCUCGCAUCAAUGUCCCGUUAUGUGACAUUCAUCAGUAAAGACCACUGGCAAUGACACACUCCACUGACCAAACAGAGAAAGAAAGAAAAAAAAAGCGCUCAGCAUUCACUUUCCCAGUCCUAUUUAAGCUAGGCAUUUGCACAGAUCCUUAAGCACCGAUUAGGCCUGCCUCUGUGAUUUUUAUUUAGACAUUAACUAGACCUAUUGAAAUGCUGUGCUCAUUUAUUGGUGCAAAAAUGAUUUUGGCAAUCAUAACUUUCCUAAUGAUGUUUAUUACAGGUUCACACACCGUGGACUUCUGUUAUGAUGAGAGUCAUUGUGAUCCAUAUGCAUGGGGAGAUGCGUUCCCAUCCUGCCACCCAAUACUUGAAGAACAUCACUCUCCAAUCAACCUGGAUCAUCAUAUGACCAGAAAUGAGUCACUGGAGGCUUUACAUCUGGAUGGUUUUCAUGCUGUUCAUACAGGACACUGGAAGCUGAAAAACAAUGGCCACUCUGUUGUGUUGGAGGUUGGGAAUGGGAUUUCUGUGAGUGGUGGAGGUCUUCCAGGGACGUACCACACCGUCCAGCUCCACUUUCACUGGGGAAGCCUCUACACCAAUGGCUCAGAGCACACUGUGGACAGGCACAGGUAUCCAAUGGAGAUGCACAUAGUCAACAUGAAGUCAAGUCAUCCCAAUUUGACAUCUGCCUUGGAUGACCCAACUGGCCUUGCAGUUCUUGCGUUCUUUAUUGAUCUUUAUUACAUUGAAAAUGUACACUUUGGACGCAUAUCACGACUACUUCCCUCCAUUGCCUACAAAGGUCAAACGGCUACAGUCAAGCCAUUCCCAUUGAUCGGCCUUCUCCCCGAGAGCCAUUUGUCCCAGUACUACCGCUACCAUGGUAGCCUCACCACUCCACCUUGUUCUCAAGCCGUUAUAUGGACCAUGUAUGAAGUCCCCACCUAUAUCUCAUGGUCACAGUUUGAACAGUUUGUCACUGGGAUUUUCUCCACAGAAGAGGAUGAAGAAUUUGUAGCACAUCUCCAUGAUAACUUCCGACACAUCCAUCCCACCUUCAGUCGCAGCGUCUACGCCUCCAAAGAUGCCAAGCUGCUUACAGCGACGGCCAAUCACCUCUAUAGCCCAGCACUCUCAAUACUUCUCCUUCAAUUGACUUUAACUGUUGGGCUUAUCUAUGGGCUCUAGCUCUUUGCUCAGGGCUGUUUUGUUGAUGCUAGCUUUACACUCUCUACUUGUGGGACAGCAUCAUAGCCGAGAAACUCUGGAGUUGCCAAUACCAUAGAUUUUUUGUGGGGAAUUUCUUUUUAUGCAGAGGAUACAUAAAAUACUGUGAAAAAUAAGAGUACUGUUUACUGUGAUUGACCUCUUAUCUUUUCAUCAUAUUACUGUCAUUGCGUUCAAUUAGAAAUGGUUUGUUUCAUUACAUGUUUAACAGUGCAACUCAUAACAUUGUGUAGACUAGAUCUAGUACUGGUAACAGUACUAAAAUGUUGUUCAUCAAUGCUACCGUGUAUGCAUCUCUGAUUGUACUGCAUUCAAUCACUACCUAACCUACUAUAUUAAUGUUAAUUAAACAAAUAAUUGAAUUUGAACUCACUGUGUUUACAUUCCCCCUGGUGGCCAUAUGACAUUGAUGUAUAUUCCCUCAGCAACUGCUAUGGGCAGGUAGCAGAGCUAUUAUUUCCCUGCCUGCCUUCCCUCCCUUUAUUUUGUAUGAAUUUGAUCCACUUGAAACUGUCAUCAGAAGAUAUUCCCCACGUCACACCACUACUCUGCAGCUACCAGGCGUGACUCACUCUGAAUGACUGGUGUGACAUGCUUAUACUGGGGGGGUUGUAUGAGUGAGAUGUGGAUUGAUCAAGUAGUGGCAUUACAACAUCUCACACUUUGUCCAGUUCUGGCGGUUGACCAAAUCCAAUACGAUAAAGAGAAUGGUGAUCCCGGGAAGCCUGACAGCCUGACCUGUGUAUCCAUGCUGACUGUAUUGUUCCCCUACUGAUGGUCACACCAUCCACCUCCUGUCACUGACUUGGGGUGGCAGAGGGCAGACACACAGAGGCCACUGUCUGUCAGUCCGGAUGGUUGAGUGUGACUAUCAGGACUUGGCUGGGUGAGAAUGAGAUCACUGGCAUCACGGGGGGCCUCAAUCACAGGUAGUUUAAUUAUAUUUCUUUACUGACCAUACCUGUUAAGUGGUUGAUGCUAUUGCUAUGAUUGGAGAUUGAUGCUAUUGGUAUACUGAUUUAAUACUGUUGGGAGUCCAUAUGAUCACUAGAAUUGACACUGCCUGACAUGGAGCAGAAAUCACAUGAUUUGGUCCUGAACUAAAACUAGCCUACAGACAGUAGGGCAUUGUUUUAUGAAACGGACAUCUCUCCAUUUCUGAAUGUUGGUUUAUUCAUGUUGCUUAUUAUGGGUGAAGGUAUGCAGGUAUUCUCCAUUGACAUUUUCAACAUAAAGGAAAUAUUAUUUAUCAAACGUCCUGUGUGUCAGUUGAUACUAAUGGUUUACUGUACAUAAACAAUCGCUGUCUGAACACAAAUGUAAUGUAUUCAUUCAAUUAACUCAAUCAUUUGAAAAAAAAGCCUUUAUUUUCUAUGAUUUUAUUUGUCAUACAUUUGUGUAAUAAAUAGACAUGAGAAACAGGCUGAUGAUUCCACCCCAAUUCCCAUGUCAUUUCUGCACCAUGUUUUUUUUCCUUUCUCCACACUGCAAACAGGUUUUCAUAGAAUUUACAACAAAAACGACUAAAUAAAGCUUGACACAAGCUGAAAAUACUGCCACCAGCUUCACCAGCUCUGUCUGACACAGAUCUCUCAGCUGUAUUGCUGUAGCAAAUC